GUCGUCAGUCUUGUAGGUUGUGCCAUAACACCGUACCGGCGCUUUAUAGCCGAAGAACUGGACCGCAUUGCACAACCAUGGGCAGUGUGUUGGCUGCCAGCUCCCCAAACCCUCCCGCUUCGGGGGGUGGUGGCACCCAGGCGGGCCCGGGGCUGGUGGCAGUACCUCCAGGGUUCACCAUGCCCCCAGUAUCUCCAGCCCAGUCCUCCACAGGCCAGCCUGGGACAGAGACAGAGCCCCCUUUGCCCAAUCCAGGGACAUUUGAGGAGUGUCAUCGGAAGUGCAAAGAAGUCUUCCCAUUGCAGAUGGAGGGAGUGCGGCUGGUGGUCAACAAGGGGUUAAGUAAUCACUUCCAGGUUAGCCACACAGUUACGCUUAGCACCAUUGGAGACUCUGGUUACAGGUUUGGAGCCACAUAUGUUGGGAGCAAACAGACUGGACCUGCUGAGUCUUUCCCUGUAAUGGUUGGUGACAUGGACAACACAGGCAGUCUCAACGCACAGGUUAUUCAUCAGCUGACAACACACAUACGCUCCAAGGUGGCUAUGCAGACACAGCAACACAAGUUUGUGAACUGGCAAUGUGAUGCAGAAUACCGUGGAGAUGACUUCACUGCUGCUAUAACCCUUGGCAAUCCAGACAUCCUUGUUGGAUCUGGUAUUAUAGUGGCCCAUUACCUUCAGUCUCUGUCACCUGCUUUGGCACUGGGUGGUGAGUUGGUUUACCACAGGAGACCAGGAGAGGAGGGUACAGUGACCUCAUUAGUGGGCAGGUACACAGGUAACAACUAUGUGGCCACGUUGACGGUUGGAGGAGCUGGUGCGCAUGCUUCAUAUUACCACAAAGCUAAUGACCAGUUACAGGUCGGGGUGGAGUUCGAGGCUAGCACACGGACGCAAGAAACAAGUGUGUCAUUCGGCUAUCAGGUGGAUCUCCCCAAAGCUAAUCUUCAAUUUAAAGGUUCAUUAGACAGUAACUGGGUGGUAGGGGCCACAAUGGAGAAGAAGUUGGUCCCCCUCCCUCUGUCGCUGGCUCUCGGCGCCUUCCUCAACCACCGCAAGAACAAGUUCCAGUGCGGCUUCGGCGUCACCAUCGGUUAGAGCGGCACGGGCGGCCAAGACUCUCAGCAGCUCUGCCCCUCCACCAGGCUCGGACUGGUGCAGAGAGACAGGGGGACAUGGACCAACACCGAAACUGAAACGGACUCGGAGGCGCUCAAACAGUACUGCGUUUUAACACUCACACAGAUGGACCAGGCCAGAGCGCUGACAGGACUACACAAGCUGAGUCCAUCAAGCUCUCUUCUAUCUAUCUACAAACAACAAUCAGUCAAAAAGCAACAGUCAGGCAGGUUGUUUUGCUGAUCAUGUGAAACCACUUGAUCAGAUAAGUAUAACAUUAAAAUAUAUGGGGAAAAACACAUUUUCUUGUUUACUUAUGAUAUGGUGCAUCCAGGUUACAUGGAGAUGCCUUUUACAUGUUUGUUCCUCAUCAUUUCUGCAGUUUUAUAGGCCCAGGGGUCAUUUCUGAAAGGGAAAUCUGCCAUUUUUCUUGGUCCUAUAAAGAAGCAACAAGUACAUAUAUUUAGUGCUUAUUUCAGACACCUGUGUUUUGUAGGUUUUGGUCACUUUUAUUUUAUAUGAGUGUUCUCAAGUACCCAAUUUCCUCCUCUUUUCAUACCAAUGGCAGUGUUCAAAUUAUUCUGCUAGACAAAAAGUAGAAAAUAAGCAGGUCAGCGUCUCUCAUAUCCAAGUCAUACUGUAAUGUACUGUUAUGGAAUGGACGUUUCCGUGUCCCUUUGUCUCUGACCAGACAUACAAAGCUGUCAGAGUUUUGACAGGUAGUAGAUGCCGGUCUUGUACUUUUUUUAGUUGAGGCCUCAGGCCAAAUUUGUAUGCUGGGUUUAUAUUCUUUAACAAUCAAGUUGUGUUUUUUUUUGUUUUUUGUUUUUUUUGCUUUUUUUUUUUCCCCAAUACUGAUUCAAAUCAAGAUUCACUUUUUAAUGCCACAAGUGCAAGACGUUAUUACUUUACAUCCGUCUGAGGGGACAGACAGAGAAGAACAAAAAAAAUCUGCUUUCAUCAGCUUUGCCUGAAAGAAUGUCCUUUGACAGGGGGGUGCAGUUUGGUUUAUGUUCAUUUCCUAGGUCAGGGGUGGGCAAAUGUGGUCCUAGAGGGCUGGAUUUCUGCAGUUUGGUGAUUUUUCCAGCUCAAGUUCACCUGAUUGAGUAAAUUACCAGGUUUGGUUGGUGUCUUAGAGCAAGGAAAUCAGCCAACUGGCUUCAGUUCCCCACCCAGGUCUUAGGUUUAGACACACUGUUGCCACGUUGUCAUUUGCUGAAGUGACCGUAGUUCAUGUCCAAUUGAAGAAAAAUGAUUCUGAUUCUUUUAGCCAGCUAACUUUAGCCAGACUCCAGAGUGUCUGAUAUAAGUGGCAAAGAGAAUCUCUCACUGGACAUUUUUGACCUUUUUCUCCAUAAACUGUCCCAAUAAUUGUAAAACCAUGCACCUAAAACUUCAAGGUUCCCACUAUUCUCCAACACACAUGUUCUAAUGUUGGCAGCUAGCUUUAGAACGUUCCAGAACAGACACUGACAGGCUAAAUGAACCCGUGUGAACUGAGGAGAACAUUCUAGACCAGUGUGAAUGGGGAAGAACAUUGUAAAGAUUCUGAGUAAUCACACGUACACCAACCCAAACGUUUGUUGAAAAACUUUGGGUCUGUGUGCUUUACGUUUGAUUUAUCAACCUUCAAGAAAAAUAUACAGGUUGAGCCAGUGGUCACCAACUCCUGGAGUCCUGGAGAUCUGCCUUCCUGCAAAGUCUACACCUGCUUCAGCUAAUUAACUUCCUCAGCCCUUGAUUGGUUGAAUCAUAUGCGUUUUUUGGGGGGUAGCUGCAUUUUAGAAAAGGAAAGUAGAGGAACAGAGUUGGUGACCUCUGGGUUAAGCCAUAGCCAACAUUCAGAUGGUGACAUCUGCCUGAAAGGAAAAGGCAAUGCAGUGGAAUCAGGGGAACGGAAGCUUGUUACAAAUACCGGUCAUUUAUUUAGCUUUUAGUAAAUGAAGGGACUGAUCUCUCGGUGUAACCAAUCAGACUUCAGUUCCAGCAUAAAACUGUUCCGAAUCCAGACGUCAUCGCAAACCUCCUGAUGGCUGGGUUCAGUUUGAAACUACUGUAUCUGCUGUAUGAAACGAACGAUCUGAAUGAUAUUUGACUUGCCUGCCUGUCUAAAUAGUGUGUAUUACUACCCUGUGAUGUUUGUUUAUUAUGCAAUGAUUUCUUGUCCAUGUGACAUGGGGAAGGUCUGCUUUUAUGGGUGUUGUGAUGGAUUAUUUUACAGUGAAAUUAAAUUGAAUUAAAAUCUGGCUCUGGUUUAAAUUACAA